GGACGUGUUCGCCCCAGCGCCAGCGCAGUGCGUUCUGUGUCCGCUCCGCGCCGCGUGUGUUUCCUCGUGCUCUGCUGUGCCACUCUCCGCCGUGUUUACCUACUCUCGGCCGCCCCGAGGAGGACCGCCGCGCUCGGUGAUGCUGUGUGCGUUGUGGUGGGAUCGUCGCGAGAAGACUUACAACACGCCCUGCUAGAGGCCGCACAGUUAGCCGGAGGGGCAUUCCAACAGACCGACUGACAAAUCCACCUGGAUCACAACAAAGUUGGGGUACCAGGAGCUUGCUUCGUGCUUCCACAAAGGCAUCAUCAUUUCUGCGGGAGGUCUCGCCAAAGCACAGAUGUGCUGACGUCACACCCCGGGGCGACGCGCCAGCGCGGAGCAACCGCCGUUCUACUCAUGAGACACAUGCCGCGCGGGGGACGCCGCCGCGGCCAUGUUGAAAUGGCAGCAACAGCAGCCGGCGCACCACCAGCCGGGCCAGGGCCUGCAGCACCAGCACCAGGCCGCUCGCCACCGCCACCCCCCGCACCAGCAGCCGAUGCAGCCUCCCGCAGCGCCAUGCAGCGCCGCUCCUGCCGCUGCCCCUGCCAGGAAGACUGGCCCGCCCAGCGAGUCUUCGGACGCGCCGUCGGCGUCCAGCACCACCUCAGCACCCAUCACCGUCCGCGUGCCUGGUGCAGAUGACUGUGCGGAUGCGAGGCUGCCGGUGUGGCUGGGUCCCCGCGUGGUGUGGGUGGCGGGCGUCGGCCGGCGCACCACCUGCGAUGACGUGGUGGAGGCGCUGGGCGCCAGCCCCAGGGACUACGUCAUCGCGGAGCGCUGGGGCCGCGUGGAGCGCCGACUCGACGGCAGCUCGCGCCUGCUCAAGCUGUGGAGCGCCUGGGGCGACGCGCAGGGGCAGGUGCGGCUGAUCCUGAGACAUGCGGACGACGUGCAGCAGGCAGCGAACAGCAGCCGUCGACGAUCGCACCACCAGCACCGCAGCCGACCCCGCAGCCACCACCACCAUCACCACCACCGCCACCAGGAACAGCACCCGCGUGGCGUGGAGCGCCAGCAGAAAGAGGACGAGGACGGCAACACUGCCACGGUGCGGCGGCUGCUCCGGCUGGUCUUGGAGCAGGGGGAGACCAUCGCGGAGCAGCUGGCGCGCCUGGGCGAGCGCGACAGGCAGAUCAGCUCGCUGGAGCUGCGCACGCACCGCCGCCGCCUCAAGCGGCUCGGCUCCAACUACCUGCUGGAGGCGUACCUCGGGCCCGGAGCCACGGACUCUGCGCGCGCCGACGGCACCGGCAGCGAGGCGCCGGCGGCGCUGGGGGCGGUGGGGGCGGAGGACAGCGGCGUCGUCAGCGACACGUCACCUGCCGCCACCAGCUCGGGGACUGCCGACUCGCCGCCUGUCACGCAUCCUCGUGUUCCUGUGGACCACGAUCACGACCACGACGCCGAUCUCUCGGACGACGCCGUCAGCUCGGAUGACUCGGCGGUCCCGGACGACCUCUCGGAGCGCGUGGAGCUGAUGGAGCGGCUGGUGCAGCUGAACAGGCGCCUGGAGCGGGAGGAGUCGGCGCUGGUGCGGCUGACGCUGCAGGUGCGCUCGCUGCAGUCCCAGCAGCCGCAGCCCCGCCACGAGGAGCCUCCAGCCGGCGGCGACGAGCUGGAGGUGCGGCGCGUGCUGCUGGAGCGGCUGGAAGCGGCGUCGCGCCAGCUGGAGCGCGGCCGCGCCGAGCUGCAGAGCAACGAGAGCGCGCUGGCCAGCGCCGACGCGCAGCUGGCGGAGCGCCGCCACCGCCUGCACCUGCUGGAGAGCCAGCUGCACCUGCUGGACUCCAGCCUCGACUCCAACUCGGACACGGGGCUCAGCUCGCUGCACAGCGGCAGCGAGGAGGCCGACGCCCUCUGCCCGUGCCCGCCGUGCCCGCCACCACCACAGCUGCAGCUGCAGCCGCACCCGCUCGACACGCUCGUCUGACCUGAAGGCAGACAAUCCACGUCCCAGUUACCAGCCACGCGCCUGCCGCUGCAACCACGCUUUCAUUACCAGACUACCGCAGUCACCGGCAAUAAAUGAUAGUACCUGGAAACUGUGUGUCAGCCUAAGUGGACACGAUAUCAUGUUUUACUGACAUACUGUAUCACUGAUCUUACUACUAAAAACAUUGGUCUAUGCCUGCUUCUGGUUCUAUUAAUUAUUCAAAAUGUUUAUUGGUUUCCCCAUGUCAAGGACAUGAUAGAUUUAUUCCUUCACUAUUCAGAAUAGCACAUGCCCUCUCCCCAAUCGUCUUUUAUGGUCAUUUGCUCUCUAUCCUCCUCAUCUAAUGCCUCCCAGUAUUCCUAUGUGUGUAGGUCAGUGUGCUCACCAACCUGGCAGGAAUAGCUCACAGCUAACACCUCAUGUCAUUUUAUACAUUACUUUUAUUUUAGAUACACUUUCUUUAAAAAAUCCAAACAGUUAUCCUAACUGGUUAUUGACGGCUGCCCAAAAAAACAGUUACCAUUCUUGCGUUUACUAUAUGUUCCCUUAACAUGUUGAAUAAAAACUGCUGCAACUGUUGUAAAUCCUUUAUUAUAGGUACGACUGUUUACGUAAUUUUAAAUUACAUCAUCAGGUGCAAUUAUGUGGUCAGGUCACAUCUGCAGUCCAAUCUUGACCAAAUAAUACUUGCGCCUGACGAUGUAAUUUUAAAUUAUGAACCUGGUUGUGCCUUUAGUAAAAGAUUUACAACAGCUGCAGCGGUUUUUAUUUAGAAUGAAAAACUUUGCUUGUGGAUACCCAUCCAGUAAACUUUUAUGUUCAGUUUCUUUAACUUAAGUCUUCAGAACGAAUACCUUUCAGUGACCCAGCGCAGCAGGUAUUUAUACAUGUUUUAACACGGUUCACAUGAAAGACACAUUAAAACAGUAGAGAAAUCAUCGCCCAAGGUGUUAUUUUUGAACAGACUCGCAAUCACUUUUGUCCAUAUAUUCGCCAUCUUAAGAAUAUGUAGUUUUCCAAUGCAUCAGAGAAACAGCUGCUGACUGCAAAUCACAGUCUAUGAUAAAAAUAAAAUGUAAUGUACAAUUGUACAAUUUCUGUUCCACGCAGACUGUCGGUUUUUAAAUUCACUUCCAUCCUUGGCUUUUAAUAUCUCACACUUUUUCCCAAGGGCAUGGUUUCUGUUCCAUUAACAGCAUUUUGAAAUUGUGCUCAUAUUUACUCAGAUUUUCUAACUGUCCACAUACCUUUUCCAUUAGAGAUACUAAUGGAUCUUAUAACUGUGAAUCAUGCAAAUAAUUUUUAUUGCAGUGUCAUAAGUGAAUCAUGCACAUGAAACAACUUUAUAUACACAGGACAGCAUUCAGUUUUACGACAAAUUCGUUCAUGUUUAUCUCUAUGUAUGCAUUUCAAGUAUUUAUCAAUGAUAUGAAACUCAAUUACUUCAUGACUUUUCCAACCACAACUCAUAAAAAAUUAAAAACAUAAUUCACAAAAUAUGCAUUGAUCCACACAUACAUGUUAAGUUAAUCUCCAUUCUAAUAUGAUAUGUUCCUUCAACAAUAGACAAUACAACUAUGGACCAUACUAUGCAACUGCACUAACAUAUCAGUAUUUCUGCUGAUGAAACUAAUUCCUAUUGUGCAUGUUGACAUUUUAACACACAAAUGGCACUUUUUUAAAAAAAUUAACAUAUCACCCACUGAUUUGUUCAUAUUUCUUUCAUUAAAACUGAUAGCAAAAAUGUCAUUUGUGCAACUGUUCAUGCUAAUCAUACAUUACACAGAAAAUACAAUUUGCUUGAUGUCUUGUGCACAAUAAGUUACAUAAUGAAAAUCAAAUGCUUGUAAAUAUACCUGAAAAGGAAAACAUUUUACAAAUAUGCAGAUAUUUUGACAUAUAAAUGCAGGUACCUUUACAGUGAUGUGGUAUGUACUUUGUACUUACAAAAAUACCUUAACUUGAAAAUUAACAGGAUCAGUAAUUGUUCAUGGUAAUGUUCAAAAUGUUCUUCUAAAUUUAUUUUGUAAUAGCCUUGAUGCCACAUUAUGUUCCAUUUACAGAACGUUUAGUACAAAAGAAUAAUUUAGUGAAGUAUUAAUCACUAAUGUUCUUCUGACUCUUCAGCUAAGAAAGAAAAAUCUAAGAUUCUUAAAGAUACCCAAGGAGAUUGGUGUGUAUGUGUUGUUAGCUCACAUUGCGACUUUCUGAAAGUAAAAUGGAAACAAUUGUCGUUCAGGACAAAAUAAUUAGGAAACAGUGCUGCAAAGGAAACCUUAACAAUCGAAGUGACACAGUGAAUAUUUGCUUUGCAGGGAAGUGCUUUCAAUUUAUGCAUUGACACUGAAAUACAACCUGCAAAUAAUAACUUGUAAAAUCGUAAGAUGAUAUGAAACAGUGAUUGUGGAGUGCAGUGAGCAGGUUACCAAAACAAUUAUUUCGAUCACUUUUAUCGAAAUACGUUUUCAACCAAAAAUUAUCCUUGAAAGAUAAAAUUAUCUGAGGCUUCAAGUCUCUUUUUUCAAGUUUUAUUUCUGCAUCAAUUUCUUCGAAUUCUGUCAUGUAUUUAUUACCUGUAAAUAAUCUAUUAUAAAUAAAUUUCAGACUAUCACAUGCUUCAAAAAUGUAAUGAAAUAGUGAAACUGGAAUGUUUUUGAAACUUUCUGUUGCUGUAUACAGAGUUGUAUAAUGAUGCCACCUCAUCAGUGUGGUCAGUAUGGUCUACCGAUAUGGUCUACCUCAGAGAUACAAAAUCAUUUUUAAACCAUGUAUCUAUCAUAAAAAUAUUUCUGUUAAUAUAAAAUAGUGUAUUUUGUAAAGUGUCCUAAAAGUAUGUCAAUUAAAUGUACUUUGUUCUGGUUGAUACCACUAGUCACACAUGUCAAGAGGAUGCAGCAUGAAUAAA